GAACGAAAGGAGGUCGAACUGUUUGAAGGCUUGUUGAAUAGCAGAGACCAGCCAACAGUCUAGCCAAAGUUAAAAGUCUGUCGGAGUAGUAGUUUAGUAUAUAGAUAUAUUCUAGAUAGCAUCCACGAAGGCUUUCAAUGGAUCAACUUUCAUAUCAUAACCUAAACAAAGAAUCUCAUGGUCGAACUGGCAUUUCAACCUGCAACGAGGAAACUAAUGCUGAGGUCACUCCUUCGGGAACUGCGGAGGGCCUUGACCUUAAUGUGAAAAAAGGAGAAUCGAAUAUAUUUGAAAUGUUUGGUGCUGUUGGUAUAGGCGCUGCUCUGAAGUCUGUGGCGGUCUCACCCUCGUGGAGUUUGAAGAAGGGAGCUUUGCUCUCUACCCCGCAUCAGUUGUUCACAAUACCUGACCCAACGUGCGAUACAUCACGUCAGGAUGUCUCCUCUCAGCAGUUGGAGAAUAAGGAGGAGAAUUGUGACUUAACAAGAGAUAUGGACAAGUCCAUUGAAGGGUACUUCGAAACCAAUUAUUUCCAUAACUUACCCCUCUAUCAGGAUUACCUAGUGGCGUCUGUGAAGGCUGAUCUGCAGAGGGUACACCAGGCUGGUCUGGCUGACCUGGUGGUCUCCCAGUGCCUACCAGGUCUGCAGUGUCAGCCUAGCUCCCCCAGGCAUGCUACGGCCUCUCCAUCCCCUCCUCCUGUGCUCCAAGAUAAGACCACAUGCUCAUUAUGGCAGGAGCUCCCAAUAGUAAAAGAGCGGGGCCUCCUGGGGGUGCUGACUGCUACACAGGUCAGGCAGCAGGAGAUCAUGUUUGAACUGCUGACAUCUGAAGCAUCCUAUCUGAAGAGCCUGAGGGUUGCAGUGGAUCAUUUCAAGUGCUCGGAGGAGCUCCGGCAUACAUUGUCUUCUGUGGAGCAUCACAUCCUCUUCUCUAGCCUCCGCAGGGUCUGUGGCGUUAGUCAGAGAUUUCUGAUUGAUCUGGAGAGCCAUUUCCGAGAGAAUGUGGUGAUGACACAGUUUGGAGACAUUGUUUUACAUCAUCGGGCGGAACUGCAUCAAGUCUAUGUGCCGUAUGUCACCAACAUGAUGUAUCAAGAGACACUAAUCUCCGAAUUGAUGCAGGAGAACCCCAGGUUUGUGUCAGUGCUGCACUCACUGGAGAAGCAUCCACAGUGUCGGAGACAGACCCUCAAGUCCUUCCUGGUUCUGCCCUUCCAGAGGAUCACCAGACUUAAGCUCAUUUUACAGGCUAUAUUGAAGCUGACCGACCCAGAGGCUUUAUCAUUUGGGCCUUUAACUGAAGCCAUUUCUGCUGUCCAUGAGAUUGUGAACGAGUGUAACCGCAAGGUUAUGUUCAUGAAGCAGACAGAAGAACUUGUGCGCUUGGAGAAACUUGUAGACUUUGGCCGAAUUAAGGCCAUCCCUUUGAUCACACACGGUCGCUUGCUCAUCCAUGAAGGACGGCUAAGACAGCUUGACGUAAGGGGCUGUCCAACCGUUGGCUCAGUGGUGUCCUUCUCUGCGGUCUAUAUGCAUCUUUUCAGUGACCUGCUGCUCCUCUCCGUGCAAAAGGAUGGCCGAUUCUGUGUUCAAGACUAUGCCUUGUUGCCUCACAAUGUCCACACAGAGGACUUGAAAACAGACGUCCUGGGCCUUCCAGCAGAAUCCUUCCUUCUCCACUUGACUCCAAACCACACUGGGACUGCCACAGCCCUCAUUCUGGUGGCAAGCACACGAGAUGAGAAGGAUGUUUGGAUCAACGCUCUCAAUUUACAGAGAUGACGAGGCACAGGACUGCUGUGCUGAAGUAAAGAGUGGUGUGGGCAUUGACAAGACGUGCCUUCAAAAUAUUGUUUUUAAUUGUAUUUACUUUAAGAAAUUGUAAGCCAUAAUUAACAAUAAAAUAAAAUCUAUUUCGAAACAA